AUGUCAAACGACCAAGCGAUCAAGUACAGCCUGACCUUGGACCCGUCCAUAUCGAAAUCGGCCACGCGAGACCACCCUCAACCUGCAGCAUCACUUCCAGAGGCCAAAAAGACCAAUAUCACACCUCGUGGUAGUAACGGCGACGAGAACGCAAGCAUCUACUUCAUUGGCACCGCGACCACAAUCCUGGAAUGGGAAGGCAUCCGCAUCCUCACGGACCCCAACUUCCUUCACGCAGGCGACCAUGUCCAUCUCGGACCUGGUGUGACAGCAACAAGGCAAACGAACCCAGCGAUAGACCUCCAUGAACUACCACGUAUCGAUGCCGUACUGCUGAGCCACUACCAUGCCGACCAUUUCGACCAAGAAGUCGAGGCAAGCUUGCGUCGAGAUCUGCCAAUUAUUAGUACACCUCAUGCCAAGGAAUGCCUCGUUGAUAAAAAGGGCGACGACAAGUUCACCGAUGUCUAUGACAUCGACUUCUUUCAGAACAUGAUGCUGGAUAUCAAGACUCCCGGCGGAGGUGAGAAAGCACCAGCUAUCAAGGUUACCGGUAUGCCUGGCAAGCACGUCCCUGAUGGACCAUUGAGCGUGGCGAAUGAUCUCGUUGGUGCUGUGCCCCCAACGAACGGAUGGAUGGUUGAGCUUGGCUACAAGGUUUCGGACGACUCGAGCUUCCAGUCGGGAUACAGGAUCUACAUUUCUGGCGACACACUUUACGUCAACGAGCUCGAGGAGAUUCCCAAACGAUAUGCUGGGAAGAACAUUGAUCUCAUGCUCAUACAUCUUGGUGGGACGACCAUACCUAGCCCGAAGAUGCCCUUGCUCAUGGUGACUAUGGAUGCCGAGCAAGGUAUCAAGCUCAUGCAGCUGAUCAACCCCGAUGUGACGAUACCGAUCCAUUAUGAUGAUUAUGAUGCAUUCUUGAGCCCGCUGGAGGACUUCAAGAAAGCUGUGAGCAGUGCAGGCUGGGAUGACAAGGUCGUAUAUCUUGAUCGUGCGGACAUGUACAAGUUUGCUGUCAAGCAGUAG